GAACUUUUUAUUUUUAAGUUUGACGUACAGGUGUCAAAGUAAAAAAAUCACAAAAAGAAAAAUAGUUCUUUAACUUAUUCAAAUCAACACAAUAUUUCAAACAAUUACUUCAUAAAACUUAUUUAGUUAAAAUCAUUUUAUUAGUUAAGGAUAGAAAAUUAUUGAUUCCAAAAGAACAGUUCGUCAUGCUUGUAGCACCAAUAUUUCAUAAUAAUUAUUUGUCCACAAAGCAGUCAGAAUCUCAAAACAACGAUGCAGUUUCAACGUCAGUUCAAGCAACAGAUUCAUCAUCGAGCAAAUAUAAUAAUAUUUUUAAGACAGCGUUCACUCGUGGGAUUACUUUCCUUUCUAAAAUCGCCAAUAGUUCCGCAUCGAAUACACCAACAACUUCCACUUCCGUUGGUUCGAAACCAACGGAAUAUGAAAGUAAUCAAGAUAGUAAUUCUUCAUCAGAUACUUCAAGCAAUUGUUCAUCACCUGACUCUUUGAAAACGGAAAUGAUUUUCUUCAAACCGAUUACUCGUGAGCCAAAAACUCCAUCGAGUUUUAAAUCUGUUUUACUUCGUGUUCCAUCAAUUCGGUCGACAUCAUCAACUGACUGUCACAUAAGUUCUCCAUGUCCAAGUCCUUUUUUCAUUCCUAUAAUUCCACGGCGGCAAUCUGCAUUUUCGCUUGUUGGCAACGUAGAGGACGAAUUCAAAGAGAAACAGAAAAUUAUUAAACCUAAACCCACAAAACGAAAAAGUAUCAAAACUAGCCCCUCAAAACAUGGACCUUCGUCGAAACGACCAAAACGAGAUAUUUUGACCUUGAAUAAGCUCGCAUUACAUGAGCAAGUUCCAAAAAAGACUGUCAAGACAACACAUGAACGUAAAACACGUUCAAUGAACAAGUGUAAAGAAUCUAGCACUGAAAAUAAUUGUCAUCAGACAAUUAUUUUACCUCUAAAAAAGACUUUACCUAAACCAAGUAAACCAUCUCAUAACACGCCAAUUAAGAAAAUGAAAGAAGAAGUAGUUACAAAAUCAACUCGCGUGACACGUUCACAGAACAUGAAACAGUAACUUUUAUUACUUUUUGUCAUCAAAUUUUACAUAAUUGAUCAUGAGUGAUAAGAUUGGAUUUCCAUGAUUUGAUUGAGAAGUAUUAAAAUUGCACAAUUUUGAUACGCUUAAUUUACUAGAUAAGGGAAUUAAAAAGAAUUGGAAGGAUAUUAGUUGUAAGUGGUUGCCUUCAAACGAACGAGCACUUGAAAUUACAUGUCUCGCGUGGAUUAUUUACUAAUCAAAAUACAUUUUUGUGAUACAACAAAUCCCCUAAAAAAUCAGAACAUUUCAACAUUUUAGCGCUAAAAAAAAAAUGUAUAGCGAUAAGAUCUUUUUUUUUGUUCACGUAGAAAUGUAGGUAAUUGAAUCUGUACAUCUUUUAUUUUCUUGUCAUCAAAAACAAACUAAGAAUUCCCUUGUUGAAGUUGGAAAUAUGUUCCAAGCAGUAUCAUUGUACAAGUUUUACUUUAUUUUAUUAUUUUAAAUAAAUACAAGCGAAAAAUGUUUAAAAAACUUAA